GAUCCUGAUCAGGAUUGGAAUCAAUGGAUUGAAGCCAAUGUAUGGGUCAGCUAUACCACUGAUCAUGGUGCAGUUUAAUGGACAGUAUCAUACUCUUAUUGGCAUGAUCUAUGAGGUUCUGGAUAGAGAGAAGAGAAGAACUGUUGGUACUGCCUUGAAACAGCUUGAACAAAGAGGAUUCAACCAACUGAGCUUAACAGGAGCUAUGGAGACCAUUCACCUCAUCCAAAUUUGUAUGGAGAACAAGGAAAACAUGUCAGGAAGUUUCUGGAUUGGGUUAUAUUUGGAUCUAGGCGAAAUAGGGCUUUUUCGGUCCAAAAAGAGAGUUGCAGCCAGAAUCUUGAUCCACUUGCUUUCUAGCUGGCCUAACAGGACGUGGAGGAUCUAAAGUUCAUUAGGAGACACUCCAAAUCAAGUUCAAGUCGUGGCCCAUCAUAAACCAAAGAAGAACCAGCUUGUUGGUUUGAUUUAAUUGCAAUGUAAUGGGUUUAGUUUAUUGGGCUUUCAUUUAAUUUAAACCAAAGACAAUUAGGAAUUUGAGUAAACCAGAUUUGGGUAGAUUAAUAUUUAAAAUAAACCAAUUUCGAAUUGGAUUAGGAGAUUAAACCAUCUUGGUUUAAAUUUAGGGUUUUCAGUUUUAUUCUUUUAACAUAUGUAGCCACGUUUUGGCAUGAAGAUCAAUCAAUCGACAUUUUUUUCAACUUCUUUGUUUUGAGUUUUCUCUCAAUUCUGCUGGUGUGUAAUAUCCAGCUUGGGUUCUCUGAUUUGGUGUGUCAUAUCCAGAUCAGAAGCCUUGGAGUAUCAGGAGGCGAGCCAUCUCUCUUGUGUCCCACAUCAAUCCACAAACCUUGAUACAGAUCGAGUCUUUGAUUCUCUGUUUGCAAGGAUUAUCUCUGUGAUCCAUCCUAGACACUAAGCAGGGUGAUCCUGUGUCUGUGGGGCAGAAAAAAACAUCUUUAUAGCAUCCCAUAGCUCUAAGGAGAAGACCAUAUCCAUCACCUUUCAUCCACCCACGCCCCCUUCAAGUGAUCCAGGGAGAGACAGCCAUUCCAGGGCUGCACCAAGUGGUAUCAGAGCCUCUUGAGGGUUAGGGUUUGAAGUUUUAACAAGGGAGCACGAAAUCUAUCAGUUAACAAACUGUAUUCUAUGUCUGGAUAUGAAGAAGAGCUUACAAUUCCAUUCUUCUAUGGGAAGAUUGAUACAGAGGCAUAUCUUGAUUGGGAAAAGAAGAUGGAGUUUCUCUUUGGACUCCUAUACUACACUGAAAAGAAAAAGGUAUGUCUAGCAGUCAAUGGACUCUGUGGAAGUGCAUUCUCAUGGUGGCAGAGAGUUUCUCAGACUAGGAGAUUUGAAAAAAAACCUCAAAUUAUUUCAUGGGUGGAGAUGAAGACCUUGAUGAGGAAGAGGUUUGUCUCGCAGUGGAAACUUUCAAAACUAAAACCAGAAGCAGCAACAAAGCUUACUAUUUUAGAUCAGCCUGCCUAUUGGUCUGAAUUGCCAUUAAAACCGGCUGAGAGAAGAUCUGUGGUUCCUGUUCUAUCAUUGAAACAAGAGGAGGAAAAGCAGCAAGCUUCUAUAUUAGCUUCUCCAAUACAACAGAUUGAGGAGAGUCAUAAAACUGAACCAGAACCAACAACUCUUUGUUUAAAACUAGAGGAGGAGGCAGAAGUUGCAGAAGCUGAGUGUGGCCACGUGCCUGAUCAAAUAAAACAAGAAGAAAAGGUUCCUGGAGGGUCAUCUAAAGCUCUUGAAUUGGUGCUUCCUACUGUUGAGCAAGGUGAUAACUUUAAGUCUUUAGCUUGUGAGUUACUAAUCAGACCUUUGGUAUGUCUUCAGCUCAGCUUAGUGGAACAUCUGAGAGUUGUUAAGGGCUUGCAACAAGUUGUUUUUGAACCAGGAGGAAGCUUGUGUGUGGUUAGAAGAAACAAACAAAUUCUGGAUCAGAAAGCAACUGCAUACAAGCUCAAUUUGCAAGGUUCAUUCACUCUUGAAAAACAAGAUUUGUGGUCAAAUCUUUUUAAAGGGAGAGAGAAUGGUAUGAUAAAAACUAUUUGCAGAGAGAAUGAAGGAGAGUCAGGAGGUAACACGUCCUUUAUCAGGUUCAUAACUGACCAGAACAAGCUGAGAAGAGAUAAACAGGAACUGGUGGUGGUUAAAGAGAAGCCAGAACUGGAGGAUGAGUAUGGGGACCAAACCACACGACCACCUGACCAGAAGGAUGUUAAACUGAGAGUACAUGGUCUCAUGUUGAUGACCAGGACGUGGAUAGGAUCAUCCUGGAGAGAAGCAUUCAACUGCAAACUCAACAAAGUGGAGAAAUCAUCUGCCUUAGAAGCCACAUGCAGUGAGGAAAGUUCCAAGAUGUUGCUGAGACAUGAAGAAGGACUGCAGAGCUUUGUGUUUCAUCCUGGAGAGACUAGAGAGGUGAUGAUAUAUCUCAUGGCCAGGUCAGGAACUUUGGAGUUAAAUUAUCAAGGUUCUGUCAUCCUACAGAGCUUGGAUUUGAGGACAAAUCCUUUUAAAGGAGGAGGGGAUGGUGUGAUCCUGAUCAGGAUUGGAAUCAAUGGAUUGAAGCCAAUGUAUGGGUCAGCUAUACCACUGAUCAUGGUGCAGUUUAAUGGACAGUAUCAUACUCUUAUUGGCAUGAUCUAUGAGGUUCUGGAUAGAGAGAAGAGAAGAACUGUUGGUACUGCCUUGAAACAGCUUGAACAAAGAGGAUUCAACCAACUGAGCUUAACAGGAGCUAUGGAGACCAUUCACCUCAUCCAAAUUUGUAUGGAGAACAAGGAAAACAUGUCAGGAAGUUUCUGGAUUGGGUUAUAUUUGGAUCUAGGCGAAAUAGGGCUUUUUCGGUCCAAAAAGAGAGUUGCAGCCAGAAUCUUGAUCCACUUGCUUUCUAGCUGGCCUAACAGGACGUGGAGGAUCUAAAGUUCAUUAGGAGACACUCCAAAUCAAGUUCAAGUCGUGGCCCAUCAUAAACCAAAGAAGAACCAGCUUGUUGGUUUGAUUUAAUUGCAAUGUAAUGGGUUUAGUUUAUUGGGCUUUCAUUUAAUUUAAACCAAAGACAAUUAGGAAUUUGAGUAAACCAGAUUUGGGUAGAUUAAUAUUUAAAAUAAACCAAUUUCGAAUUGGAUUAGGAGAUUAAACCAUCUUGGUUUAAAUUUAGGGUUUUCAGUUUUAUUCUUUUAACAUAUGUAGCCACGUUUUGGCAUGAAGAUCAAUCAAUCGACAUUUUUUUCAACUUCUUUGUUUUGAGUUUUCUCUCAAUUCUGCUGGUGUGUAAUAUCCAGCUUGGGUUCUCUGAUUUGGUGUGUCAUAUCCAGAUCAGAAGCCUUGGAGUAUCAGGAGGCGAGCCAUCUCUCUUGUGUCCCACAUCAAUCCACAAACCUUGAUACAGAUCGAGUCUUUGAUUCUCUGUUUGCAAGGAUUAUCUCUGUGAUCCAUCCUAGACACUAAGCAGGGUGAUCCUGUGUCUGUGGGGCAGAAAAAAACAUCUUUAUAGCAUCCCAUAGCUCUAAGGAGAAGACCAUAUCCAUCACCUUUCAUCCACCCACGCCCCCUUCAAGUGAUCCAGGGAGAGACAGCCAUUCCAGGGCUGCACCAAGUGGUAUCAGAGCCUCUUGAGGGUUAGGGUUUGAAGUUUUAACAAGGGAGCACGAAAUCUAUCAGUUAACAAACUGUAUUCUAUGUCUGGAUAUGAAGAAGAGCUUACAAUUCCAUUCUUCUAUGGGAAGAUUGAUACAGAGGCAUAUCUUGAUUGGGAAAAGAAGAUGGAGUUUCUCUUUGGACUCCUAUACUACACUGAAAAGAAAAAGGUAUGUCUAGCAGUCAAUGGACUCUGUGGAAGUGCAUUCUCAUGGUGGCAGAGAGUUUCUCAGACUAGGAGAUUUGAAAAAAAACCUCAAAUUAUUUCAUGGGUGGAGAUGAAGACCUUGAUGAGGAAGAGGUUUGUCUCGCAGUGGAAACUUUCAAAACUAAAACCAGAAGCAGCAACAAAGCUUACUAUUUUAGAUCAGCCUGCCUAUUGGUCUGAAUUGCCAUUAAAACCGGCUGAGAGAAGAUCUGUGGUUCCUGUUCUAUCAUUGAAACAAGAGGAGGAAAAGCAGCAAGCUUCUAUAUUAGCUUCUCCAAUACAACAGAUUGAGGAGAGUCAUAAAACUGAACCAGAACCAACAACUCUUUGUUUAAAACUAGAGGAGGAGGCAGAAGUUGCAGAAGCUGAGUGUGGCCACGUGCCUGAUCAAAUAAAACAAGAAGAAAAGGUUCCUGGAGG